AUGUCGUCCGUGACGUCCAGCUACGUGACGUCCAGCUACGUGUCGUCCAGCUACGUGUCGUCCAGCUACGUGUCGUCCAGCUACGUGAGGUCCAGCUACGUGAGGUCCAGCUACGUGACGUCCAGCUACGUGGCGUCCAGCUACGUGAGGUCCAGCUACGUGUCGUCCAGCUACGUGUCGUCCAGCUACGUGACGUCCAGCUACGUGACGUCCAGCUACGUGUCGUCCAGCUACGUGAGGUCCAGCUACGUGUCGUCCAGCUACGUGACGUCCAGCUACGUGAGGUCCAGCUACGUGAGGUCCAGCUACGUGAGGUCCAGCUACGUGACGUCCAGCUACGUGAGGUCCAGCUACGUGAGGUCCAGCUACGUGUCGUCCAGCUACGUGGCGUCCAGCUACGUGAGGUCCAGCUACGUGGCGUCCAGCUACGUGACGUCCAGCUACGUGACGUCCAGCUACGUGUCGUCCAGCUACGUGUCGUCCAGCUACGUGACGUCCAGCUACGUGUCGUCCAGCUACGUGACGUCCAGCUACGUGACGUCCAGCUACGUGUCGUCCAGCUACGUGUCGUCCAGCUACGUGACGUCCAGCUACGUGUCGUCCAGCUACGUGUCGUCCAGCUACGUGACUUGGCAAAGUCACGGUGCGUUCCUGCCGGUCCUCUCUCUGGCCCAGAGGUCGGAACCCAUGUUCUCAGCCGUCACCAUGACGAUGCUUCCCCCCGACUACGAGAACAACCCCACCCAGCUGAACUACGGCGUGGCCGUCACAGACGUGGAUGGAGACCGGGAGCUGGAGAUGGUCGUGGCUGGGUACAACGGCCCCAACCUGGUCCUCAAGUACGACAGGCAGAGGGAACGCCUGGUCAACAUCGCCGUCGACAACCGCAGCUCGCCCUUCUACGCGCUGAGAGAUCGCCAGGGCAACGCCAUCGGCGUGACGGCUUGUGACAUCGACGGGGACGGGAGAGAGGAGAUCUAUGUCCUCAACACCAACAACGCCUUCUCAGGUCGAGCAACGUACUCUGAUAAGUUGUUUAAGUUCCGUAACGGGCGCUUUGAGGACCUGCUGAGCGAUGAGAUUAACGAGCACAGAGAUGUAGCCAACCGCAUGGCAGGACGCUCUGUAGCCUGCGUGGACCGGAAGGGAACGGGCCGCUACGCCAUCUACAUCGCCAACUACGCCAGCGGCACCGUCGGUCCCCACGCCCUCAUCGAGAUGGACGAGAACGCCAGCGACCUCGCCCGUGGGGUCAUCGCCCUCACCAACGUGGCAGAGCAGGCCGGGGUCAACAAGUUCACUGGAGGGCGUGGGGUGGUGGUGGGGCCCAUCGUGAGCCAGACCCUGUCUGACGUGUUCUGUGAUAACGAGUAUGGGCCCAACUUCCUGUUCAGGAACAACGGAGACGGAACCUUCACCGACGUGGCGCAGCAGGCUGAAGAGCACUUUAUGUAA